GUUCAUUUGCACUGGCUCAGCCCACACUGGCAUCGAUGAAGCGGUUCAGAAACCCACAGUACUGUACGCUCGCUUGGCUCGCAACGGUGGCCCCGUACUACGGCGUAGCAGAGUACUCGAUCAGCUCUGUCGGCCAUGAUACGAAGCAUAGGUUCAGUCGCAAAGCAAACCGCUCAGCUUGGCAAACGGUUUACCGAGACCCUUCAGUGUUGUAUCAGUCAUAAGAACCUAGAUGAUCUCUCUGGAGACUUUCGUCAUAGCCUGCUGCCACAUCCCGCCACUCAACCUCAGUUGGGUGAACUUCGCGCCGCGAUCCUGCAAGCGGACCAUGAGUUCUCAUCGGACGAUCCACGUAGGAUGCACGCCUAUCAGGAUAUUGUUGACGUAAUUCUUAGCAGCCCAUCACUCGCGCGGGACACCGAAGUCCUUGACGAUACGAUUGCUGCCCUAGCCCUGCUUGUCGAACGCCUGCCAGUGCCGGACUCCGACCAUCCCACCGCAUCGGCCUUGUAUUAUCAAUACGGUGGCGCGUUGAUGGCUGCGCAACUUAGCGGAUGCUUUGGACGAACGUUCGUCCGUGAUGGUAGUUCAAGGGAUCUGGACGGUACAAUUGCUGCGUAUCGCAACUGCCUUAUACUCAAUCCCAAAGAGCCCUCAAUAACAGCCGAUCUAUAUGGCGCACUGGGUGACAGCCUCGAGGGCCGCUUUGACUACCAAGGCCGCAAGGACGACCUUGAAGACGCGAUUGCGAGCUAUCGCCAUGCUAUCAAAAUUCUUCCGAUAACGACACGACGAAACCCAAGCGGCUCAUGCGCCUUGCGAACCUACUGCGUCGUCGCUCUGAAGUCCCAGGCAGCUCAGGAACCAGCGACGCCACCCUUGACCAAGUUCGGGUACGCCUACCGUGCGGUAGAGCUACUGGAGUUGUACCCCUUCCUCGAGGGAUGCUUCCCGUUGUUGCGCGCGUACGAGUGCAUCAUUGAAGCUUAUCCUCAAGCCCGGAUUGCGUCGCUCGGGAAAAACAUCAUCGAACGCCUGCGUGCGCUCUCCCUUCUUCCCUUCCCCGCAAAGGGAGCUGCGGCCGCGGCUAUUGCGUCCGGUCAACUCGCUCUCGCAGUGGAGUGGCUCGAGGAAGGUCGGAACGUUGUCUGGGGACAAAUCUUUCGAUUGCGACACGUCGCGGGCGAGCUGAGUGAGCAGCAUCCCGAUAUCGCAGACAGGCUCGCUGCGCUGUCGCGCCAGCUGGAGAGUGUUUCCAUGGAGUACUCAGGCAGCAUCUCAUUCUUUGACACAUCGGACCACUCUGGUCUGCCCCGUCCGGUAUUGAGUGUAUUACAAGGCGCGCUACAACCCGUCCAUGCUCAAGAUCUCUUGCACAUUACUUGGUGCCUCACGGGCCCGCUGUCGUUCCUCCCUCUGCAUGCAGCAGGCAUCUACAACGAGGGAGCUGCGCAAGUCACACUCAUGGACUUCGCGGUAUCGUCGUAUACCCCAUCGAUCGAGGUUCUGCUGCGUUCCAAGGGCCGCUCCCCAUCGACAGAACAUAGGCAGCAGCGCGUCUUGGCCAUAGCACAGCCAUACGCAUUGCCCAACGCACCGAUCCCAAGCACACUACAAGAGGUUCGUCUCGUCAGAGCCCACUUUCCUGACGGCGUCACACUCGAGAACGAGAAUGGGACCGUGGACGCUGUUCUCGCCGCAAUGGUCCAUCAUAGCUGGGUGCACCUCGCCUGCCACGGCAUGCAGGACUCUGUAGAUCCGACGCAGAGCUCGUUCGCGCUUCACGACCAUGUGUCGCUGAAACUCUCCCAGCUCAUGUCGCUUUCUCUGGAGAACGCGGAGCUUGCGUUCCUCUCGGCAUGCCAGACCGCGACAGGCAAUGCGACCGUGCCAGAUGAGGCCGUUCAUCUCGCGGCUGGGAUGCUUACCGCCGGGUUCAGGAGCGUGGUAGGAACAAUGUAG